AACUUACCAGUCAUGCGCUACUCGAUUGCAAGCUUUGCCUUGCUUGCUGGAUUGACAGCUGCCGUCGACCCUGUCGAAGUACGCGGACAAGACUUUGUCAACUCAGUCAGUGGUGACAGAUUCGUUGUCGUUGGCGUCGAUUAUCAGCCUGGUGGUCAAGGAGCCAUCUCAGCAAACAACGAUCAAGAUGUUCUCAGUGAUGCCGAAGCUUGUACUCGUGAUGCAGCUCUGAUGCAGAGUCUCGGGGUCAACACGAUCCGAAGCUACAAUACCCUCAACCACGACGAAUGCAUGUCGAUCUUCAACGGUGUAGGAAUCUAUGUCAUUCUCGACGUCAACACUCCUCUAUAUGGACAACAUAUCGAUCGCAGUAACCCUGCGAGCACAUACACUCGCGAGUACAUGGAGCACGUCUUUACAGUUAUUGAGGCAUUUAAGAGCUAUCCCAAUCUGUUGGGUUUCUUUGGAGGCAACGAGAUCAUCAACGACUUGGAAACAGCCGACGAGAACCCUUCCUACAUGAGAGCAGUCCAGCGCGACAUGAAGGAUUAUAUCGCUGCUCGUGCAGACAGACCUAUUCCUGUUGGAUAUUCAGCUGCCGACGUCAGAGAGUUCACCGAAGACACCUACAACUACUUGGCCUGUGAUAACGGAGAUUCAAGUGCUUCUGACUUCUUCGGGCUGAACUCUUAUUCAUGCUUCGAGACAGCUGAGUAUGACGUGCUCGUUGAGAUGUUCUCCAAUGCCUCUAUACCAGUCUUUUUCUCCGAGUAUGGAUGCAACGAUCCUAGCCCUCGUGUCUUCGAAGAGGUUGAGGCGUUGUACAGCCCCCGGAUGACUGUCAUGUCAGGAGGAUUGAACAACUAUGGUCUUGUCGACAUCUCCUCUAACGGAUCUGUCCAACUGCGAUCAGACUACAACAGUCUUCAGGAACAAUACAGCCGCAUCAAUGUCACACUUCUUGAAGCUAGCAAUGACACUGCGACUGCAAUCAUCGCCCCUCGCUGCUCUUCCGACUUGAUCCAAGCAGACGACUUCAGCGAUGAAUUCGACAUUCCUUCUCGCCCCAGCGGUGUCGAUGCUUUGAUCUCAUCAGGCAUUUCCAAUCCACCUACCGGUGCUCUCGUUUCCGUCACCGCAACCGCAGUCGCACUUCCCGUUUACGGUGUCGGUGGCGCGUCCAUGAGUAACCUCGUCAUCACACCGACCAACGAAGCAAACCACCCGGUUGGCACCGCAAGCAGAACCUCCAGCAGAUCGGGAACUGCUUCUGGCUCUUCGACAUCCACUGGGGCUUCCGCUGGCGCAACCCAGAGUGGUGCUGCUCACCGUCUGUCUGGUGCUGUUAUUCUUGCUCUUGGUGCUGCUGUCUUUGCUUUGUAG